AUGUCUCAUUACAUCACCGCGAGGCGUGUUCUUGAUUCGCCGGUAAAGAAAAAUACUCGAAUAACCCACUUCGUCUUUUCAAACACUCUCAACGAGCUACCCAAGCCACCCACACUCUCUUUACACUCCUUCAACAUGUUCUCCAAGGUCGCUCUCUUCACCGCCGCCACCAUGGCCGUCUUCGUCGCCGCUGCCCCCGCUCCCCAGGGUGGUAUCAGCAACUCUUGCAACACCGGCCCCGUCCAGUGCUGCAACUCUCUCUACGAGAGCGAGUCCGAGCAAGGAAACAUCCUCAAGACACUCGUUGGCAUUGCUACGGGCCCUAUCGGCGCCUUCGUCGGGGCCCAAUGCUCUCCUAUCUCUGCCAUUGGACUCGGAAGCGGAGCGUCUUGCAACAGCCAGCCCGUCUGCUGCUCGAACAACAAAUUCAACGGUCUUGUCGCUGUUGGCUGCUCUCCCGUCAACCUCAACCUUUAA